GGUACAUACCACCCAUGUACGUACAUAUAUGUAUUAUACACACCUGCAUGCAGCUUCAAACAUUAUUCUUGACAUUUUUCAAACAUUUGUAUUUCUAGUUUGCGCCAUCUUCACAUCUAGACGUUUCCACGCACGUUUUUAUUAUUUAGUUGAAGAGGUCUUUAGUACUUAUUAAACAUUAACACCAGCUUUACCCACUGAAUCAUUUGAGCUGGUUAGCUGCAAACUCGGCAGGUUUUACAAACAGCGUCUUGCCCGCCCUGGCAAGCUUGAGGAAAAGAUGAGUGGUGGUUGGAAUACCAUCGAGUCGGAUGCUGGCGUCUUUACAUUUCUGCUCAAUAACCUGGGCGUACAGGAUGUGCAGUUCGAAGAGCUCCUGACGUUGGAGCCAGACUCCUUGGCUGCGCUAUACCCUGUCCACGGCGUUAUCUUCCUCUUCAAGUACCCGACAGAUACGCCAUACACAUCGACCGAUAAACCACUCGACGGCACCUUCGACCACGACGCAGCCGAACGCAUCUGGUUUGCUGCCCAGACAAUACAGAAUGCUUGCGGCACGCAGGCGUUACUUUCAGUGCUCAUGAAUAAGGAGGGCGAGGUAGACAUCGGCGGUCCGUUACACGAGUUUAAAGAGUUCACCAUGGCACUACCGCCCGAGUUUCGUGGCGAGGCGCUAAGUAACAGCGAGCUCAUCCGCGACGCCCAUAACAGCUUCGCCAAGAGCAGCCCCUUCGUUGACGAGACGCAGCGCACGGGCGGAGAGACCGAGGAUGCAUUCCACUUCGUGGCCUACACACCCGUCGACGGUGUUCUAUACGAGCUUGACGGCCUACAACCGGCGCCCAUCAGCCACGGCGCAUGCACGGCAGAGGACUUCCCCGUCAAGGUCACUGAGGUGCUGCAGCGCCGGGUCGCGCGCUACGACCUUUCAGAGAUCCGUUUCAACCUUCUAGCCAUGGUACGCGACCGCCGGGCGACGGCGCGGGAGCUGGGUGACUUCGAGACGCUGGCUCGCGAGGAGCAAAAGCGCAGGGACUGGCAGUUCGAGAAUGCGCUGCGCCGGCACAACUUCGUCGGGUUCGCGGGAGCGGUGCUCAGCCGUGUUGUGGAUGCGAAGCUCAAGGAGGGUGGCGAGGCUGCGUACAACAAGUGGAUCGAGGACGCGAAGGCGAAGACGAGACAACGGCUAGAGAGUAGAAAGAAAGGGGGUGGGGAUGGGGAUGUGGAAAUGGAUGGUUAGGUACCUAAGGAAGGAAAUACCCAGGCUAGGGGUUAGGAUCAGUCUUGGCUAGAAGGUUCGGGCAGAUUUCGCUACCGUGUAUCCCCAACGAGUGGUUAUGGGCAUGUGUUGGUUCAGGUAGAAUCAUCUCUAAGAUUUAUCGUAGAGAGCCCGCGCAUGUUUACAGGAUAGGUAGUCAUCCCUUGAGACCAUGCUACGAAGCUGAAUCUUACGGUUGUUCAUGGUAGAGUGCCUACAUAACAUACUAACGUACACACUAAGGCUAAUAAGUACCUAGGCAAGUACAAAACUAUCA